AAGACAUUCCAGACUUCAUUUCUUUAAUAAGGAGAGAAUGCAAGAAAACCAAUAUUAGCUGAAGAACAUCUGCAAGAAAAAGUCAUAUUAAAAGAGUUUUUCUUCAGUAGUCAGGAGAGUGUAUAUGAACAGUAUAAAUAUAGAGCUGCGGGUACUUAGCGGAAUGGAGUCAGACCAAGGGGCGCCCCAGCUUUCAGCUGUUGGAAAUCAAGAAACAAGUGAAGCUUCAGAUGCCUCAACUUCAGAGCCUGGUAUUGGAAAUGGUGAACCCUAUGUAAUGGUCCAUGAAACAGAUUGUGAUGAAAAUGUACAAAAUGAAGCCCAGGCUCUGUGUACUUAUACACCUGGUCCUAUUACAGAAAAGUCCAGUUUAACUGGGCAGUGGAUUGAAUGGAUAUUUGAAAUUCUGCUUUAUAUAUUUUGGCCUGUCAUUCAGCCUUUCAGUCAGCCUUUCAGACAACUCUUCACUGUCGGGAUACUGACCUUUUCAGAGAAGGACGAGUGCAAAUGGUUGGAACACUUACUGAGGUCGGAUGUCCGUGUAGAUAAAGUUAUUUGCAACUCUGGAGAUGAAAAAAGACUUAAAGACGACCUCGCACAGUGUUCCUAUAUAAUUGUUUACCACCGAGGCAGAUUUGGACCUGACUCUAUGACUGAUUCUAUGUUUGCCAGCACCGUGACACAGAGCACUUCCAAACUUGAGAAGAAGAACGUGCUGAUUGCUUUGGGGCAUCUUGAAGACAAAACACACGAGGAAACGAUGAAGGAGAAACUGCAAGAGAGAAUUGGAAGAGAGUGUAACCAGCUGUUCUUCACAAAAGGAGAAAUCAGGCGAUAUGAAUACCUUUAUGCCUUAUAUCCAAAGACGAAAUUGGAUGCAAUACGGGCAGCAUUAUCUACUGCUUUCCCAGGACAUGAAGGUUACAUUUCUUCGUCAACCAAUCACACUGUUGGAAUCGUUUCACGGUCGGCAGAGAGUGAUUAUAAGUGGCUGGACCAGUACCUCAAAGACUCAUUUCAGAUCGAGGUCAGACCCAUUUACAUCUCUAACAGCGGGAAACUGAAGUUCUGGGAUGAUGUCUCUCAUUGCUCAUUCGCUAUCCUGUAUCACACCAAGAGACGAGGGAGGAUAAACAUCACCGACGUCACCGACUCUCUCUAUGAUGAAGAAAUUAAAUAUCUGGCCUCUGCACUGGGGAAGAACAACGUGAUUGUCGUAGCGGAUGAUCUUGAUAACAGCAGCAUUGAGGAGAGAGAGAGGAUCUUGCAGAGCCAACCCAGCAUUGGCCUCUAUGCCAAAGAUUUGAUCCUUUUCACCAAGCAGGAGACAGAUCCUAAUUACGAGAGACUCGUUACACAGCAGGAACAGGAAGAUGAAAGGAGUCUAAAUGAAAAACUGGAAACCUUAAGAAAUAUUAUAGGAAAUGCUAAAGCUACCAUGAUGAGCGGAGCAGCAGAUACCACAGGCGUCCACGGACAAGAGAAACCUUCAAAUACACCCCCAUCUGAGACAGAUGAAGCAAAUGAAAUUGUGUAGGGAUGAUGGCUUCUUCAUGGUUUCAACUAAGUGGCAUCAGUUAAAUAAAAAUAUUAUGUUGGCAGAGCUCUGGAACAUCUUGCAACCGAUAAAGUAGGGUAAUAGACUAUCCAUGGCAACAUAUGGGAUCAUUGCUAUGAUAAAGACCAUCAGUUGUGGUGGACAUGACAAAUCCUGCUGUGAAUAUAUUGUUGGGGGGGUGAAAGGGCAAAAAAAUAUUAGCCUUUCUCUCUCUUCGUCUCAUCAACUAACAAUGAGCAAAUUUGCCCAAUAUUAAUAAAUAUGCUUUUAAGGUUCUUCCCUAUUAAAGGGAUACUGCCACGUGCAAUAUAGUUACAUAUUUGCUAAAGCUGAAAAUGGAAGAAUGUCAAAAUUGUGUCCAAUUGGAAAAGCUUGUGGCUGUGUCAGGUUUCCUCAGCAUGGAGGGGAAUCCUACCUUAAUAAAGGGCAAUAACAUUUAAUAAGAAUAAAAAUGUCUAUGUGAUUGUGUAUGUAUUUAUAGUAAGUUGGCCGGCCACUCUAUAACUGUGGUGUAAUAAAUUCAGUAAGUGCUA